GCAAGGAAAAAACCUGCAGAGGGCGGAGCGGCGCCUUUAAAUGUCCGGGGCCCCGCCUCCUGUCCCCCCCACCCCUGCUGAAUAGGCUGCGUUCUCUUGGAACGCGCCGCAGAACGAGGUUCUGGUGACCCUAGCCGCGUUCGCUCCUUAGUCCUUUCGCCUACCCACCGGCGUACCCGGCAGACCCACCCCGUCCUGUGCCAGGAAAGUGCUGCCACUACCACUGGCACCAUGCCCUACCCAUACCCAGCACUGACCCCGGAGCAGAAGAAGGAGCUGUCUGACAUCGCUCACCGAAUUGUGGCUCCGGGAAAGGGCAUCCUGGCUGCAGACGAGUCCACUGGAAGCAUCGCCAAGCGCCUGCAGUCCAUUGGCACCGAGAACACCGAGGAGAACAGGCGCUUCUACCGCCAGCUGCUGCUGACUGCAGAUGACCGUGUGAAUCCCUGCAUUGGGGGGGUGAUCCUCUUCCACGAGACACUGUACCAGAAGGCAGAUGAUGGACGUCCCUUCCCCCAAGUUAUCAAGUCCAAGGGUGGUGUUGUGGGCAUUAAGGUAGAUAAGGGUGUGGUACCCCUGGCAGGAACCAAUGGCGAGACCACUACCCAAGGGCUGGAUGGGCUGUCUGAACGCUGUGCCCAGUAUAAAAAGGAUGGCGCUGACUUUGCCAAGUGGCGCUGUGUGCUAAAGAUUGGGGAACAUACUCCCUCGGCCCUGGCCAUCAUGGAAAAUGCCAAUGUUCUGGCCCGUUACGCCAGCAUCUGCCAGCAGAAUGGCAUUGUGCCCAUUGUGGAGCCUGAAAUACUCCCUGAUGGGGACCAUGACUUGAAGCGCUGCCAGUAUGUAACUGAGAAGGUACUGGCGGCUGUCUACAAGGCUCUGAGUGACCACCAUAUCUACCUGGAAGGCACAUUGCUGAAGCCCAACAUGGUCACCCCUGGCCAUGCUUGCACCCAGAAAUUUUCCAAUGAGGAGAUUGCCAUGGCAACGGUCACAGCACUUCGUCGCACAGUGCCCCCUGCUGUCCCUGGGGUCACUUUCCUGUCUGGAGGGCAGAGUGAGGAAGAGGCAUCCAUCAACCUCAACGCUAUCAACAAGUGUCCCCUGCUGAAACCGUGGGCCUUGACUUUCUCCUAUGGCCGAGCCCUGCAGGCUUCUGCUCUGAAGGCCUGGGGUGGGAAGAAGGAGAACCUGAAGGCAGCCCAGGAGGAGUACAUCAAGCGGGCCCUGGCCAACAGCCUCGCCUGUCAAGGAAAGUAUACCCCAAGUGGCCAGUCUGGAGCCGCAGCCAGUGAAUCUCUCUUCAUCUCUAACCAUGCCUACUAACCAGAGCUGAUCUAAGGCUGCUCCGUCAACACUCCAGGCCCCUGCCUACCCACUUGCUAUUGAAGGGCCUUCAGCCUCUUUCCCAUCACUCUUGCUGCCCUCGUGCGUGCGGUGUUGUCUGUGAAUGCUAAAUCUGCCAUCCCUUCCAGUGCACUGCCAAUAAACAACUAUUUAAGGGGGA